AUCUCGCAUGUUGAGACUUGAGUCCGCCUUAUCGUCUCUACAUUCUUGUGUAUACAUCAGUUCAUUGAAUGAAGUUGGCAUGAAUGAUAUUCGGUGCCAUCGAGUCGUUUCAUUUUGUAAUUAAAUUAACGUGAAACUUAUGCCCUUGUUAUUUGAAAAUAAUUAGUCAUUUACGGAGAUAAUUUUGUUCGAUCGAUGCGAACUUAACCUCUGCUUGCAUAGUUUGUUUACUAGACUUUUUUCAUUGUUCUACUGUGAUUGAGAAGACUGACAGUGAUACUGAUACCCCCGGUUGGCGUUAAAAUAAUUAUGAAAUGGAAAUGGAGAUAGAAUCUCAAAAUACCGAUGAUGUCAAUGAUAUUACGAAGGUCCUAUCGGUACAAAAUGAAGACAGUGUUAUUCGAGAAGCUUCCAAAAAAAUCGAUGAAAUCGUGCAAAAUAAGGCCAAUUCUAAACAAUCUAUCCUUGCCAGUCAGAAAAAAUUUGUUAUUGAAAAUUCCAAGAACAAUGAAAGUAGUAUUUUGAAAACUCAGUUGCAAAAACAAGUUGAAACUGGAGAAAUCACACCUUUUCAAGCUGCCAAAAAAGAGUUAGAUGAUAAAAAUAAAUUGGGAAAAACUUUAAAAGAACCUACUCAGCUUCUAGACUUUGAAAAAUACCUGCAAGAGCAAGCAGAGCUCGCCAAUCAAAGAAGAUUAUUAAAAAAGAAAAAGGUGCAGGGUAAACAAAAAAAUGUAAUUCCAACAAAGAAGAAAAAAAUAUCUGAAUUCAAUGGCUGUGAUGCAACCAAAACUGAUGUCCCAAAAGUAAAACAAUUUGAAGAAAAACGUGAAAAUGUUAUUUCUACUAUUAAAAAAUCAAAUGAUUCCAUACAAAAUCGAUCAUGUAUUAAAGCUGACAAUUUAAACAAACCAAGCACAUCAACAUGUAAUAAUAAAAACAAGCCUUCGAAAAGAAAAUAUUCUGCAAAUGAAAAUGAUGAUGAAUCAGGAAGUGAAUAUUUUCCAAGCGAUGAUUAUGAUUCAGACCAAAAAGAUACUGAAAAAACAAAACGUAAAAAAAAAGCUUGUGCGUCAAAGAGCCAAAAUACUCAAAACAAAAGAGUCCUAGAUGAUGGAGAUGAAGAUAUUUACAAAGAAAGAGUAGAAUCAAGUGGUUAUAAAAAAAAUGAACCCUUGCAUAAAGUGGAUAAGAUCUUCAAAGUUCCUCAAAAAAUAUGGAAGAAUUUAUUCAAAUAUCAACGAGUAGCUGUAGAAUGGUUAUGGGAAUUGCAUUCCAGAAAUCUGGGGGGUUUAUUGGGAGAUGAAAUGGGAUUAGGUAAAACUGUUCAAGUCAUUGCAUUUCUAGCUGGAUUAGAUUGCAGUGACUUACUUUCAGAUGGUGGAAGGUUCAGAGGUCUAGGACCAACAAUUAUUGUUUGUCCUGCCACUCUACUAGAACAAUGGGUUAAACAUUUUCAUGAUUGGUGGCCAACUUUUCGGGUUGUUAUGUUUCAUCAAUCAGGAACAUUUCAAGGUGAUUUAGAAGAAUUACUCUACACUAUGAGAGAUGGUGGGAUUCUGGUAAUUUCAUACACAGGUGUUGUCAUUCAUCAAGAGUUACUCACAAAAUUUAAAUGGCAGUAUGUUAUAUUAGAUGAAGGACACAAAAUAAGAAAUCCAGAAGCUAAAGCCAGUAAAGUUGUCAAACGAUUUUUAACACCACAUCGUCUUCUAUUAACCGGAAGUCCUAUGCAAAACUCUUUAAAGGAAUUAUGGUCUCUUUUUGAUUUCAUUCUACCUGGAAAACUUGGAACUUUGCCUGCAUUUAUGGAGCACUGCGCCGGUCCAAUAACGAGAGGGGGAUAUGCAAAUGCAUCUAGAUUACAAGAAAUAACAGCUUUCCAGGUGGCCACUAUGUUAAAGGAAGCAAUUACUCCGUACAUGCUGAGGAGAACGAAAUAUGAUGUACAGCAUCACAUCAAUUUGCCAACAAAAAAUGAACAAGUUCUGUUUUGCAGUUUGACAGAAGAACAAAGAGAAUUGUAUGAAGCGCAUUUGCGUUCUGAGGAUGUAUCUAUGAUUUUGCAUCAAAAACGUGGUGAUGGACAAUAUAGAGCUAGGAUGCUUGUAGCAUUAACAGCUUUAAGGAAAAUUUGUAACCAUCCGGAUUUGUAUCUGUAUGAUGACGGCAAUGACGCGAUUGAAGAAGAUGUAGAGGAGGAUGAACUCCAAGUAGAUGAAAAUGCAUCGGAAAAUUUUGGUCAUUGGAAACGUUCGGGAAAAAUGACAGUUGUACGUUCUCUUUUGAAAAUAUGGAAAAAGCAAGGGCAUCGAGCUCUAUUAUUUACCCAAAGUAGACAGAUGCUGUAUGUUUUGGAAAGUUUGAUCCUAAAAGAAAAUUAUACUUAUUUAAGAAUGGAUGGUACUACUCCAAUGAGCCAGCGUCAGUCCGUUAUUUCUAAAUUUAACAAUGAUGAAAAUUACUUCAUCUUUUUGCUAACUACUAGAGUGGGAGGAUUAGGCGUAAAUUUAACAGGAGCCAAUAGGGUGAUCAUUUACGAUCCUGAUUGGAAUCCAGCUACCGAUGCUCAAGCACGAGAGCGUUCGUGGAGAAUAGGUCAAGACAAAGAUGUAACAAUUUAUCGUCUUAUAACUGCCGGAACAAUCGAAGAAAAGAUGUAUCACAGACAAGUGUUCAAGAUACUUUUAUCGAACAGAGUCCUCGAAGAUCCUCGUCAACGUCGAUUGUUCCACACUUCCGAGUUGACGGAACUUUUCAAUUUGAACGUACCCUUGAAUGGGGAUAAAAGUGAAUCGGACAAACUGUUUCGUUCUUCUAAAGUAUCACCCGGUCAACCAAAUUUUAGUUCUAGUAAAAUAGAAGCUAUGAAAAAACUCGCGUCUGAGCUAAGCAAAAAGAUCGCUCAGAAAGCUUCUUCUAAUUCUGAAAAUUCUGAAAAGUCGAUUAAAAGAAAAAAGAAUCAGUUGGAAAUGAAAAAAGAAACAGAUAAAAGAAAUGUUGAUUCCACCGUAACUUCUAAAAAUAAUAAGACUGAAACUAUUACCAAAGCUGCCUAUGAUCUCGCAAUUCCUAGUAAUAUUAACUCCGAAAAUAUAAUCGAUGAAAAUAUCAACAAAACUGCAGAAGACAUUUCUGUUAAUACAGAUAUUGAAAAUAAAACUAUUAAAAAUAAGAAUAAAGAAGGUGAAGAAAAUCACGAUAAGCUAUUGACAAAUGGUGAUAGCAACGAUAUAGAAAUUGAUACAAGUAAAACCGAUGUUCACAAUUCAAGAAUGGAAACUUCCUCAGAUCAUCAAAUUACUGCAAAUAAACAAGAUUGUUUGGAGGAAGGAGAAAUUAAAGAUCAAACCUCUACAGAGACAAAAAAAAGAUCUCGUAAUAAAAUUGAGGAGGAGAAAAAAGAAACUAAACGACACAAAAAAUCAAAAAAACAAAAAAAAAUUAAAUCAGAAAAUACUGUUUCAGCUUUGUUUGAAGGUGAACGAAUUUCAUGUUUAAUCGGACGUCGUUUAGGAAAACCAGAGCAAGAGCCCGUAGUAAACGAAGAUGAUCAAUAUGUUCUUUCUAAAUUAUUUUCGAAGUCAGCUGUUUGUUCUGCAUUUCAACAUGAGUCAGUAUUAUCUAAUGCAGUACUAAAUCCUGAUGAAGAAACACCUCUGCAGAGAGCGGCAAAGAAAGAAGCGUCUGAGAAAAUGGAUCAUAUAAGACAAUCUCGUAAAUGGUGCUGGAGACCUGGUUGGGAUAAUCCACCCGAAGAACAAGAAGAGUAUGCGGAUGAUGAUGAAAAUAUUGAUGAAGAGGAAGACGAUGAAUAAGUCU